AUGAGUUGUCUGUUGAGAGACAUAGACAAAACUGGUGCGCGCAUCGAGGUAACCCAUACCGAGACGCGGGAAGCGAUGGGCAGUGUCUGGCAGGAGAAUGGGGCUGUCCCUAACGUCGCCCUGUUUAUACUUCGUUUCGCUCUGCUCUCGGUACACGCCUUCUCUCCAUUCUCUCCAGGCUCCGGGCGCUCAAUAGGAAGCUUUGAAUGGCGACCUGACGCCAGCGUUGCACGACGUCCGAAACCAGACCUGUCGAUCUGCUCUACGGCGUCAGCAGUGGUGAUGUGGGCACUCUCUAGCCUGGCUCAUCAAAGACGGGCUGGCAUGCCAGCACCCGAACAGCAAGCCACCAUUGGCGCUCUUCAUGUGACUAAUCCUCGUAAAUGCGGCCUCCCACCGAGUUUUUUCGAGUUGCAGGCCGCCCGACAGGUGAGUUUCGCGCGCCGCCUCAGUAGUGACAGGGAGAACACUGGCAGUGACAUGUGCCUUGACUCAGUUUCUGGCCAACAACAUCUCGACGGGCAUUCAACGACUCAGCCCAAAAGGAAGGCCAGGCAGGAUGAUAACCAAGCGGGAGACGGCGCCCGAAGCCCGAAGGAAGGGAUGAGCAAGCAGGUCUGGGUUCAGCGGAAAGCCAGUGGCUGGCUAGCUGGCUGCCUGUUUAGGUCAUCGCUCCAGCCACACCCCCAAAAAUACUGGAUAAGUUCCGUCGUUCCUGGUCCCAACAGCAGCGAUUCUUGCCACCCAACUACCGGGCCCUCCAUCCCUCCAAAGACGUAA